GUGGUGCGCAACUUUUGAGUUUACUCGUGGCUGGAACUUUUAGACAUCUCUCUAUAUUGUCCGAGUCUUUAAGUACAGCCAUAAAUGUAUUUAAACCCUCCCUGUUUAUGGUCGAUAUGUUUGAAAUUGCCAUAGUACUUUCAAGGUUUAGUCAAAAUUUAGAAGAAUCAUUAAUUCUUUUGGAAUUGGGAUACGAUCUGAGUAAUUCGAAUUAGAGAGAUUAGUUUUUCAGCUGGCUAAAUACAUUAUCAAAAAGAAGUUCACCGUUGUGAGAAAACCGACUGGGUGGCCAUUUUCUUCCAAUGGUAUGCUGUAUACCCUUUCACCACUUUUUUCUAAUCUAAGGCGUAUUGCGUAGUGUUUUGCAGAUUUCUAGUACAUGUAGUUCAUUCAGAGCGUGCACCAGCAAGAUUAAAACGCCUAAAUCAUAAUUUUCCUGCAAUAUUUUGUCGUUUUGCUUAGUAUUAGGCUGGUUUUAACACUUUUAUAGGUUGACCGAAUGUAUCUCAGUGCCUUCAAAUACCUUCAAAAGGGUGGUAACCUGACUACCUGUGUUGGUUUCUAAAUAUCCAGUUCACUUCAUUUACGCAUUAAAUUCAUAAAGUAGAAUAAGUUUUCGUAUUAUCUUUGAAAACUAUGUGUACCCAACUUAAUCAAGCUCUUUAUAAAUAUUUUUAGUAUCUGCAUACUCACAUGCUGAUCAAAAACUAACGUAAACACGUAUGGUCAAAUUUAUUUUACUGCACAACCAUUUUUUAGAUGAGUUAAAAUACCUUUAUUACGUGGGAUACGUUUCAGUAGAUCACAUUCUGUUGUCUUAGUGAGUACACUCAUCUGCCUUUUUCAGGGCGAAACAAAUAAGCCCGACAACUUGCAUCUGCUCAAGUUACUACAUUUAUAGACUACGAAAAAGAAAACAUGUUUAUUAGAUGUAAAAUAAAAGCUAAAUGGUGAGCAGUAAGCUGUCAAAUGUUAAGGAACUAUAAAUAACCUAUAUCUGUCAGAAAGUCACGCUUCUAGGGUUCAUUACUAAAACACUAAGUUCGGUCAGUACUUAAGUUCAAUAUGAAUCGACUACGUCAAAUACUCUUUAAUGAAGCUGCUUACAUUCUUUGUUGUUACCUGAUUGUGCCAGACUCUACAUUAUUUCCGACAGUCUUUUAUCUAUUUUGUAUGAUUGUUUUUUCUGAUGAGUAUUGCUGCAUACCAGAUUGUUCUAUUUGGACUUGGUAUAUGGUUUGAGCCGGUGGUUUGAGAAAAUGACAUCAAAUUUGUUAAAAAUAUCGGGUUUAAAAUUCUGUUUAUAUAAAUCGUAGCAAUUGGAAUUAAAUGGUUUCAGUGUAUAUCUUUCAAUUUGGUCUGAGUAUCCCGAAGAAUUCAGUCAAAUCUAAACUUUGAUUUCAUUCGUUUAGUUUUUUUGCAAAUGUAAUUUAAGAUCUAGCUUAUCACACUUUUUUGUCACUAUCUAAUUUAAAAAAUCUUAAUUUCCAAGGUGCAUUCCACGAUUUUUGGUUUGUUUUCCUUGCAGAUUUCUUUAAUCUGUUUCCCUUUUGAGAAAUAACAAAAACUCAGUUUUUCGUUUUCCAUAAACUGACAUAUUUGUUCAAAAAAUGUUCGAGGCCCAACCACGGCAAGUAGAUAUUGCACUUGUUAUCGCGUGCCAUGACGGUAAUUUUGAGGAAGUCAAGAGAUUGGUAGAGGAUGAAGAUGCAGAUAUAUGUUACCAGGUCGUGUAAUUACUUCAAUUGCCAUAGAAAAUGCUCAAUGCAUUCGAACGCCAAGUAAUUUAAUAUAUUUUAAGAUUGCACUGUCUCUAGUACGAUAAGACACAAAGAACAUGACUGGAAAAUUGUCUUGUAACGGUGGGAAAUAAACAGUGAGUCUUUAAAAGUGUUGUCUUGACGAAUGUUCAUAAAAUAUUGUGACCUUGGGCUGACAAGUUAAAUGGCUUCAUUGUAGAGUUAAGUCUAGUAAAUUUGUUGAAUCACUUUUACUAUACAAUCAACCAACGCUAACUGGUAAGGUUAGAAAUGGUGUUAUACAGUCAUUUCACGGUUUCAAAUAGUCUAUAUUUCCUAGGUCUCGACGCCAAGGUCGAACUUGACAGUUUCAAAUAAAUUAAGCAUAGGGCAGAAAGUUAGUGAUAAAAGUAUUUUUGUUAUAUCCUAAUGAGUAGGAAAAUUGUAUUUCUGAGUAAAUAGGGAGCCAAAAUAAACUAACACAUGUUUGAGUAGUAUAUAUUUUCCAAUUCUUGUGUCUACAAUCACUGUCAAUUAUAUGGUGUUAAAUGACUCUUGAGACGACGGCGUCAGCGGAAAAGACAUGACCAUAUUUCCUAAAGAUUUGAUGUCUUUAAAAAGCAUUCAGAUACCAAGAUGUGAUAAUAAUUACAACGAAUCAUAGUACUUAGCUCGAACUAAAAACAAAUAUCAUUUAAGACUGUACUACGCUUACUUCCUUACUAAAAGUUUCGGAAUUUAUAGAACACGACCGAAAAACUAAAAAAAAUUAUGUUCAGACCUCUGCACUUGAAAAUAUUCACUUUGUAAAUUACAGACAAGAUUACUUAAAACUCGUUUCGACAAAAUACUUAAUAAUCUGAGUUAAAUAUACAAAUUUAUUAUUCGGUGUAUGUUCUUGGAACGCGCAAUCUUGUGUUACUUUAACAUGUGGUUGUCCUUCGUUUUCUACACAGGAUUUCAAAACUGGAAUGAGCGUCUUGAUGGUUGCGGCAGGAGCUGGACACACAGAUAUUGUAAGCUACUUAUUAUCAGAAGGUGCCCCCUGGAAUGCAGUUGAUCGAAGCUAUUUAUGUGCCGGGGAUUAUGCCGCUAGAAAUAAACAGCAAGAUUGUAUUGAUAUACUGAUGAAUCAUGCAGUUAUGUCUGAGUUACUUUUGUCUAUCGCAGUAAACAAGUCGGAUGCAGGAGAGUCUUUGGAAAAUGUUGAUUCUAUGAAUCUUACUACUACUGUAAACACACGUGCAAAUAAUCCUUCAGAACCUCUCAACGCUUCUUACCUUACUAGCCGACUGGAGUAUUCUAAUGACGGAAAAUGUCUCAUUGACACUAAUACUCAUCUAGCUGUAAUGAUGGAUUGGGAAACUCCAAUAAUGGAGAAACACGCAGCAUGGAUUUGUCAUGCAGAUGAAAUAAAUAAUACUAUCAGUUCACCUAUUCGAGUUUUAAAUGUUGGAUUUGGUUUGGGAAUUGUUGACACAGCUAUACAAAAGUAUUCACCUGACUCACAUUAUAUAAUAGAAGCUCAUCCGGAGGUGUUGGAGAAAAUGAAAUCCGAAGGAUGGUUUGCUAAGCCAGGUGUCAGGAUAAUUCCAAGUAAAUGGCAAGAUGCGGUCGUCCUACUAGCCAAGGAAAUUGAUGACGGGACAAUUCUGAGGUUUAAUGGGAUAUUCUUUGACACAUAUGCAGAGGACGAUAAUGAUUUGAGAGAAUUUCAUACGUGGUUACCCAAACUUCUUUCUAUCCCUGAUCAAAAAGGUGUGGAAGAUCUACCUUCCUCAGGAAGGUAUUCUUAUUAUAACGGUUUGUGUCCUGACAAUGUAUUUUUUCACGGAGUCGCAUGCGAAACUAUGAGGUUGCAUUUAAAAAGGUUGGGAAUAAGUUGUAUAUUUGAUCCAGUUGCUGUUGAUGUUUCGGACCAAGAGCUGUGGAAAGAUGUUUCUCAAAGAUAUUGGUAUUUUGAUACAUAUUUUUUGCCAAAGUGUACUUUCACUCCUUAUGAAAAGGACUAAUAAAGUUUAUUCCUUU